CUUCAAAAUGCAGCUUUUAACUCCCAUGCCCUAUUGAGUGCAACAACUAUGGAGCGCACACUUUCAUUCACCUCUUUCUCUCUCUCUCUCUCUCUCUCUCUCAUAUUUCUUCUUUUAAUACAAGCAGCCAGUAAAUCGAUCUGAUUGGAAUAGUUGCAGGCAUCUGCUUAGACACAAAAACAGCAAAUUAGCUAUCUAUUCACCGUAACUGAAUACGGAGUCAGAGAGAGAGAGAGAGAGAGAGAGUGAGAGUGAGGUGGUACAAGUACAAACACUGCUAAAGAGAAAGAGAAGCCAAUUUUAGAGAAAAAGAGUCAUGGAAAAUGACGGUAACUUGUACACUGCUCACAGCAACCGUAGCAGAGGGCAAAAUAGCGCUAAUGCCAAUCUUGUUUGGGAUAUGUGGGAGCCUAAUUCUUCAAGAUUUGACUGGGGCAAUUCCAGCAAUGGUACCACGUUUUUCACCGCCAGCGUCGCCGCCGCAACAACUUCUGCGGCAGAGACUAUCUGUUCCACGCACCCAGAUCCCACUUCAGCCCACGCGCUCAUGUUUCAACAUCAGGGUCUGUACCACCCCCUCGAUCACCAAUAUCAGCAGCUCUCUCUUUAUGGCGGAGAAGGGUCCCACUUGCAUCCUGACCCCCAUCUAAUGUGCUUGAAGCUGGGCAAGCGGCACUACUUUGAAGAUACUAUCCCCGUGGUUGACCGACAGGUAGGCUUCUCCAUAGGCAAAAGAGGCAAACCAUACGAUAGCGUCGUGGGUGGUCAUACUGGACAAUCCUCGUCGGCGCAUGGUGGGGUGGGGUCUGCAGCAAACGUGCCGAGGUGUCAGGUGGAGGGUUGCCAAGUGGUGUUGGUGAACGCCAAGGAUUAUCACAGGAGACAUAAAGUUUGUGAGAUGCAUUCCAAGGCUCCCAAAGUAAUCGUUCUAGGGUUAGAGCAGCGCUUCUGUCAACAGUGUAGUAGGUUUCAUGUAGUUUCAGAGUUUGAUGACUCAAAGAGGAGCUGCAGAAGGAGAUUGGCAGGUCACAACGAGCGAAGAAGAAAGAGCUCUCACGAUUCUGUUUCUAGGAACCCUUGUCCAGACAAGCUGAUGGGCGGUAGAUUUCCAUACUUAGCAUCACCAACGGACCGUGCUCUCUCUCUUCUGUCAUCUAAGUCUGAUUCUUGGAUUACUUCAUCCGAUCUCUCUUCAAGAUCCAGCGCUGCAUUGCGUGAACUGAUUGCAGAAAACCGUGCUGCCAUCUUGGCUAGACAGCUCGUCCAUGAACGGCACCUGCAACAUAAUGCAAUGGAAGACUUAGGUGAUCAUUCCGAACCUAGCCCCAAUAAUUCUUUCAUCCCUCACCAUCAUCAAGUUUUAGCUGAGGCACACAAUUGGGACCGUUUCCAUGACACUGGCACACAACUCACUUUGGACCUCAUGCAGGCUCCAACUUCAGCAUUCGGUUUCUUGUCUACGAGAGGGAAAAACAAUAAGGAAGAGGAAGAAGAAUGUUCCGAGUUAUGGAACACCUGGGCAGGAGCCCAUGUAGUUUAAUGUUUUUAACAUGCACUUUCUUUCAUGGGUCGUCAGUCGUCUUUUAGUGAGUUCUUAAAUUAGCUACACUUGAUAUAUAAUUUAAUUAUUUCAUCGCUUGGUUGUGAGGAACAAUUUUUUUAAUCUAAUUUGUCUCUAUUUUUUUUAUACUCUUAA